AUGAGAAGGAAGCUAAGAAACAGAAAGGGGGGGCCACGCUGGGAUAGUCCCAGGCGCGUGACAAUGUACAUCCCUAAGUCAGCCGCGGGUGAAAUCGCCGGCGCGCCUAAGUCCCCACCGCAAGGGGGCGGGCUAGCGGGCGCGCGCAUGAAUCCGCCGGCGCUGGCGCGCUGA